AUGGACAGGAUGAUCAGCUUCGAUGAUUCUAAUUAUCAUAUUUGGAAAGGCAAGAUGGAAGAUCUCCUUUAUGUGAAGGAGCUUCAUGUUCCAGUCUUCGAGGAGAAGAAACCUGAGGCUAAAACUGUAGAUCAGUGGAAACUACUACAUCGUCAAGUGUGUGGUUUGAUAAGGCAAUGGGUAGAUGAUAAUAUGAGGAAUCAUAUUGAAAAUGAGACUGAUGCUCGUUCUUUGUGGAAAAAGCUGGAGUAG